UUCUCCAGGCUCUCGUUGGUAGAACCCCAGCCGGUGCUCUUCCUGUAAUCUCCUGUAAUCUCCUGUAAUCUCCUGCCGGUGAAAUAUUGUGCGGCUGAAUGCCAGUGAAGUUUCUGUUUGUCCAGAAAAUGACGCUGCACCAGGUUCUUUACGCCUCGGCUGUUUGUUCUUUCAUGUUCUGCAUCUGUACAUGUGAUCACGUUUGCUUUGCUUCUCCUCAUGUCCGGGUGCCGAAGGGCCUGCUGGGGAACCGGUACGGUCACCGACCUCUUCCUCGUCUCAUCCCAGAAAAGCAGUUUGAGGUUCUUCUGUCCAAGCUGUCCAAGAACCCAGAAGGUGUUCAGCAACUGCAAGAGUGGUUUCAGAAGGACAACAACUCCGUGCCACCCACCUACGUUCUCCAGCCAAUCACUGCACGAUUCCCACACUACAAUGACCUCCGACCUGAGGUGGCAAAGCUCCAUGACGACAACCUUCUGUCCUGGCGCGUCACAGAGAGUCGGCUGCUGCAGCUGCUACGUUCUGCAGCCACUGAGGCUGAGGCGGCUGGAGACAUCACGGCCGAGCAGAAGCGGCUCUUCUACUCAUCAGUCACAGAACGGGCGCUGGAGGAGGGCGUCUGGCAAACGUCCGCCUUGCUCUUCGUCCGGGAGAUUCCUCAGCAAAGGAUGAAGGACAGAGCCAAACGUCUGGCCAAGUUCAUGGACCUCACUGCGGACGGGCUGCUGGACGCUGAAGCUCAGGAGUUGCUCACCGGCCUGAAGUCACGGCUGUACGCCACGUCCAAGAAGAUCCUCAACCUGCACUGUGUGGAGCUGAACAGAGGAAGCAUCGACCCAAAACGCAAGGAACACGCCGAGUACCUGGACAGCAUCUGCCAGCAGUUCAUCUCCCAGAUGACGACCCGGAUCAGCGAGGCGGUCAAACUGGCGGGAGAGGACAAGAGGAAGAUCUGGGGAAGCACAGAGGAGGAUGAGGAGAUUGACUGGGUGGUCGAAGAGGCAAGGCAGCACACCGUCAUGGCUGCCGACUUGAGCAAGAGUCUCCAGGGCAGAGAUGGGCUUCUGGGGAAGAUCUGCCUCGCCAUGUGGGAGUCCACCCCGGUCCACCACGGUCCGCUGGUGGUUCACGGCGCUGCUGGGAUGGGGAAGACCAUUCUGCUGUGCAAACUGGCACAGGAGAUGCAGGGGGUCCUGGAGGCCAAGGCGGUGCUGGUUAUUAGGCUGCUGGCCGCCAAUCAUCCACAGAGACCAAGCAUCAACCAUGUCCUCCACAGCGUCUGCCUCCAGGUGUGUCUGGCGUGUGGCCUGGCUCCGCCCCCCCUGCUGUCAGUCAGCUCUCACCUGGAGCUGCAGCGGCUCUUCCAGAACAUGCUGGAGGAGGUUUCUCAGCAGGGGACCUCUCUGCUCCUCAUCCUGGACUCCCUGGAGCAGCUGGCAGACCAACAUCAGGCUCACCAGUUGCGCUGGCUGCCCACUGACGUGCCUCCAAAUGUCCACCUGCUGGUCUCCAUGGAAACCACCAGCGAGGUGUUCGCCAGCAUGCGGCUGAGGCUGGGCGCUGCAGGAAACGUCUUUGAGGUGGAGCGUCUGUCUCGUGACGAAGGGCAGCAGAUCAUGGAGUCCCAUCUGCAGGCGGCUCAGCGAACUUUGACCCGGGAGCAGAAGGACGCCGUGCUGCAGAGCUUCCACGCCUCCGGCUCUCCUCUCCACCUUCAGCUCAUCCUGUCUGCUGCCAAGCACUGGACCUCCUUCACUCCGCCAACAGAGCUGCUGCUGGGUUCCAGCUCAGAGGAAGUGAUGUCACAGCUCCUCCUGAAGCUUGAGGAGAAACAUGGGAAGGAGCUGGUGGGCGGGGCCUUGGGAUGCAUCGUGUUGGCAAGGAGGGGCCUGAUGGAGGCGGAACUGCGUGAUGUUAUGUCAUUGGACGAUGAUGUAAUCAGUGAGGUAUACAGGUAUUCCCUGCCUCCAACACCUUCGUUAAUCCGGUUUCCACCCGUCCUGUGGGCGCGGCUCAAGUGGGACCUGCGGGACCAGCUGGAGGUCCAGUGGACCGACGGAGUCGUCAUGCUGGCCUUCAGCAGCCGGCUUCUCUCAGAGGUAGUCAAAGCCCGCUAUCUGACGCCAGAGCGACGGGGGCGGAUCCACAGGAUCCUGGCGGAGUAUUUCCUGGGUCGCUGGUCUGGAAGACUGAAGCCGGUGGCUCUUCCGGGUCUGACGCUGCUGCUGUCCGACAGGAAGGUCCCGCCCCAGCCGCUGUGGUUUGCUCCUGGAUUGGCGAACGUCCGGAAGCUCCAGGAGUUGCCGUAUCACUUGCUGCAUGCCGGCCUGUGGGAGGAGCUACGGCAGGAAGUAGUAGGCAGCGCCGAGUGGCUCUACUGUCAGAGCCGGGUCUGUGGGGUGUCCAGUCUGAUCAGCGACCUGGACCAGUGCUCCCAGUACAUGGACUGCUGUGAAACUGGACUGGUCCGUGAGGCUCUUGUCCUGAUGAAGCCCAGCCUGGACACCCUGUCAGGCCACAUGGACCGGUCUGUGUUUUUCUCUGAGCUGCUGGCCCGACUCUCCUCCCUGGCCUCCACCUUCCGCACCGUGAUUGGUCAGCUCUGCAGCCAGUGCGACGAUUGGCUCCAAACGUGUCCGGAGCCGGUUCUGAUCCCGAGGAGCAGCUUCCUGCAGCAGCCAGGGGGGGCGCUGCAGCACACGCUGACUGCGCCCCACGGAGGUGUGCUCUGCGUGGCCGUGGGCGCGGCGCUGCGGCUGCUGGUCACCGGGUCGGCCGGCGGCGUGGUGGCGGUCUGGAGCCUCCAGGACAAACAUCUCCUGCAGGUUCUGCAGGGACCGUCAGCGGCCAUCUUGUCGGUAAAGAUCAUCGAAAGCUCCGCCCACUGCCUCUCAUUGGCUGCAGACGGCUCCCUGAGGAGGUGGAGCUUAAGGAGCGGCCAGCAGCUGUUCUGCAUCCAGGAGGCGGGGCCUGUUGGCUCCACCCCUUCUCUGGCUCGCCUGCAGGUGUCAGAGCAGCUGCUGUUUGUCCACACCUGGAUGCAGGUGAAGGUCUGGAAGUCGGACGGAACCGAGAUCCACAGUGAGGACGUCUCGUUGGUUUUGGGGGUUCUGGGAGAUGUUGUGGUUUUUCUGCAUGACCUGGACCGGGUCAGAAUCUUUGACCCGGUUACUGGGAGCCAGACGAUGGUGCGGCUGACCCGGAGCCUGACUCCAGUGAUUUCAGUGAGCUCACCUAAACGUGGGUCAAUAUUUGUGGUGUCAGAAGACGGGUUCCUGCAUCGGAUCUCCAGGUCAGGGCAGCAAACCGUCACAGAGUUUCCUCGGCGUCCGUCUCUUCUCUCAGCUUCAGAGGACGAGAAGAUCCUGAUAGCAGGAUGGGAGCGGACUCUCAGCCUGUUUCGCGUCUGCAGCGACUCUGUGGACGGAUUCCUGGAGCUGCAGCACGACGACGAGGUUUUAUCGGCCUGCGUGUCGCCGGACUGCCGCGUCGUCGUCACCGGAGCGGCGGAUCAGCUGAUCCGAGUCUGGUCGGUGACCACCGGCCGCCUGCUGGACUCUCUGUGCGGCUGCGGCGCUCCGGUCACCUCCCUGCUGCUCUCUGACCACUCGGUGGUCUCCGCCUCCUCGGCGGCGGAUUCCGUCCAGCUGUGGAGUCUGACCUACGACCCCGACCACAAGCCCCUCCCCCACAUCCCAUCAGGCUCCGCCCACUCAGCUGUCACCAGUGACGGCGAUCAGGUGUUCUACGUGCGCCACCAGAACCAGAGGGAAGUGCUGCGCUGGAGCAACCGGACAGGUUCCGUGUCGGAGCGCCUGCCAGUGUCUGCGGAGGUCAGCUGCCUGGAGCUGGCGCAGCAGAAGCGCCUCCUGCUGUGCGGCCUGCGUAGCGGCACCGUGCUGAUCUACCCGCUGGCGUGGCCCCAGGAGACGCUGUGCAUCCCGCCCCCGGAGGGCCUGGCCCCGGUGCUCUGCCUGGCCCUGGGCUCCCAGGAGAGCCUGCUGGCCGUCGCCCACCGGGACUCGCUGCGCCUGUUCCGGGUCGCCAGCAGAGACGGUUUCCCCGCUGUGGAGGGGCCCCUGGCGACGGCCCUUCUGUCGCCGCUCCACGCCCCCCCAUCCCACAUGGCGCUGCUGCCCGACCGCCGGCUGCUGUACGGGACGGCCGGCGGCGAGGUGAAGCUGCACGACUUUGGCGUCGGCGUCAGCACCGACCUGCAGCCUCACAGCUCCGGGGUCACCUGCGUCACGGCCAGCAACCGGGGGACGCACGCCCUGGUGGGCUCCCAGGACGCCACGCUGCAGCUGUGGGCCCUGGAUCCGCUGGCUCUGGACCACACCAUGGAGUACCAGGGCCUUUUCUUCCAGGCCGUCCUCUGCGCCGCCUUCGCCGACAGCGACCGCUUCGUCUUCACUGGAUCUCAGGACCGAACCGUGAAAGUCUGGGACGUCGCUUCAGGGAAGCUGCUGUGUGUCCAGUUCGUCUACUCGCCGGUCGUCCGCAUGCUGACCUUCAGGAACGGCUUCGUGGGCCUGACCCUGCAGGGCCGCGUCGUCCAGGAGGCCUUCAGGUGUCCGGACCGGGUCGAGCCGGACCACAACCCUCUGAGGAACAUCAAGGCCCGGUACCGGGUCACCUCCAGGGAGAAGGCCGGGGCCGGCCGGCGGACCUGCAGCUCCGACCUGCAGGACUUCAACCCGGCCCAGAUCAGCCUGGACCUACUGAGCAUGCUCAGAAGCAGGCCGUCCUCCGCCUGCAUCCUGCUGUAGGAGCCUGCAGAUGCUGCUACUGCCAGAUCUGCAGACUUCUGCUCACCUUC